AUGGCGGGAGUUGUAGUCUCCCCUUUCUGAGGGCCCGAGGAGAGCCGGCCGGUGUGUUUUUCUCUGAGGGGACGAAGAUGAGCCGAAGGGCCGGGAAGAGUCUCGCGGUGGCGGCGGACGAAGGCCAAGCCGAAGCGGGCCGGGGCCCCUCCGCGGCCAAGAAGCGCGCCAAGCGGGAGCCGCGCGCGGCCCUCUCCGCGGCCCUGAGGGAGCCGGCCUUGAGGGAGAAGGUGGCCGCGGCCUGGGCCCGCCGGGAGGCCCUGAAGAACGAGGCUGUUGUCCUGGAUCUGGUCCCUUUCCACCACGGUGUCAUCCCAAACUUCGUCCAAGAUGAAGGUUUUUUAGAAGGACUGCAGAAGGAACUUUUGAACCUGGAUUUCCAUGAAAAAUGCAACGAUUUGUACAAAUUCAAACAGUCAGAUGAUCUGAAGAAGAGAAGAGAACCAUACAUUGCUGCAUUAAGAGAAGUUCUCUUUGAAGAGUUCCGGGCUUGGCUUUCUACUGUUACCCAAGUGGAGUUAGAGCCAACCAUUGACCUGUCCUGUGCCAAGUAUGAAUAUACAGAUGCCCUGCUCUGCCACGAUGAUGAAUUGGAAGGUCGGCGAAUUGCCUUCAUCCUUUAUCUUGUGCCACCUUGGGAUGAGAAUGAUGGAGGCACCUUGGACCUCUUCUCCACUGACGAUCACUUCCAGCCUUUAAAGAUUCUCAAGUCAUUGGUCCCUUCAUGGAAUUCACUCGUUUUCUUUGAAGUAUCACCAGUGUCUUUCCACCAGGUGUCUGAAGUUGUUUCCAAAGAGAAGUGUCGUUUGUCCGUGAGUGGUUGGUUUCAUGGCCCCCCGGUAGCGAGGCCGCCCCGGCAUGUGGAGCUGCCCCUCCCACAGAGCCCUCACAUUCCUCACGAUCAUGAAAUCUUGUAUGACUGGAUCAAUCCUGUUUAUCUGGACAUAGAUUCCCAGGCCCAGAUUCAGGAGGAAUUUGAGGACAGGUCUGAGAUCUUGCUGAAGGAUUUUCUCAAGAGAGACAAGUUUUGGUUGGUCUGUGAAGCUGUGCAGAAGGAAGAACUCCAGUGGAGCAGCAGAGGGCCCCCAAACAAAAGGCAUUACCGAAAAGCAGAUGAGGAGAGCCUGCCCAGCAUCUUGAAGGCCUGCAUGGAGCUCUUUCGGUCAGAGGCCCUGUUCUUGCUCCUGUCCAACUUCACAGGCUUGAAACUGCAUUUCCUCGCUCCAGGGGAGGAAGAGGAAGGAGAAGGAGGGAAAGAAGCAGGAGGGGAUUUGAGCAGAUCUGCACCAGGACAGAGCAGUCAAGGAGAAACUGACAGCAGAGACUAUGCCGAGGACUCCGAGAGAAUCCCCGAGAGUGGAGAGAGUGGCUCAAGGACCCCUCUGUGUGUCGGAGAGCUGAGACAUUGGACCCAGGGAUGCUACACUCUCGUCCACGACACCCAAGCCACUGAGUUCGCCCUGGAUCUGCUGUUCUUCUGUGGGUGUGAAAGUUGGGACGUGGAGUUUGGAGGUUUUACUUCGUAUAUUGCAAAAGGUGAAGACGAAGAGCUGCUGACUGUUAAACCUGAAGACAACUGUUUGGCCUUGGUUUACCGAGAUCGUGAGACACUGAAAUUCGUGAAGUACAUUAACCACAAAAGUUUGAAUCGGAGAGCCACACGACCUGAGCAGACUGGAUUUUGGGACUUCUGCUUUGUUUACUAUGAAUGAUCGAUGAUGGCACACAGGCGCGGCAGAAGAUGGUAUUUUCUACGAAGAAGCUUCACGGGAGGAGCUUUUGAAACAGGCUAAGCUUUUGUGUUGCAUCAUCUUCUCUUUCCAGACAUUUUAACAGAAGUUAAACUUUGUGCCUCUGCCAACUGACCUAUCAUGCAUCUGAAAUAUUCUGGGGGUCACCGAGGUUCCUGACUAGCCGUGAGACUUUUCAGCAUAAUCUUUGGACUGCGGCUGUGAUUUCCACAACCCCAAGAAGAAACAGGAUUCACAGACUAUUGCAUUUCCCUCAAGAAUACAUUCUGCAAGCAGCCUUCAUUUGUGGGAGACAGGGUUACAACUUGCAGUGGGCUGUUGUCUUUGUGGUUCAAGUGCUUAGACAUUUGAAAUGUGUAUUUUCUUCCCUCUGUGGCCCGAGAAACAUAAAGCAAGGCUGCAUGA